AUGUCCAUCCUCCGAGCUCGUUCCGUUGUCGCUCCUCUCUCCAAGAGAUUCGCAUCUACCAUCUCCGUUCAAUCGACCUCUUCAAACCUUAGCGGUGGUUCUUUAGGUAACAUCGAAGCUUCAUGGAAAGGUUUGAGCGCAGAGAACCAAUAUGAGAUCUAUCAACAACUCGAACAAAUCCAAAAGAAGGACUGGAAAGAAUUGACCCUCGAUGAGAAGAAAGCUGCUUACUUUGUCGCUUUCGGUCCUCACGGUCCCCGAACACCCGUCAACGAGAAAGGCCACGGUAUCAAGGUCUUUGCCGGUGUGCUUGCUGCCGUCGGUGCCGCUUACGGUACCUUCUUAUUCGCUCGAAGUCAAGCCCCUCCUCCUCCCGCUACUAUGACCCCAGAAUACCAAGACAAGAUGACAGAAUACAUGAGAAGCCAAAACAUGAACCCUAUCUCCGGUGUUUCCGCCGACCCAAAGAAAACCAUGAGACAAUAG